GGAUCACCUAAUCCCUCUCCCUCUCCCUCUCCCUCUCCCUCUUCUCAUUUCCCAAAUUAAAAUCAGGCCCAACACCCAAAUCCUAGGCUCCCAAUCAAAACCCUAAAAUCAAGAUUCUGCCUUUCAAUUCCUUGUUUGUCCUUUUCCCCCUUUUGAUUAUCAAUUGCAUUUCUUAAAUUCUUCCAGCAUUACAUAGACGGACACACAUCCGCUGUAUAAUGUGUGUUGACAUUUACGUGGAUAUAGUGUGAUUCGAGGAGUAGUUGCUUUGAAAAGGUAGAGAACAAAGCAAAAGAGACAAUGGAAGGUAUACCGCACCCAAUACCUCGAACUGUAGAGGAGGUCUUCAGCGACUUCAAGGGCAGGCGGGCUGGUCUCAUUAAGGCUCUUACGAUUGAUGUCGAGAAGUUCUACCAGCAGUGUGAUCCUGAGAAGGAGAAUUUAUGUCUAUAUGGACUUCCUAAUGAGACAUGGGAAGUUAACCUACCUGUUGAGGAGGUGCCUCCUGAGCUUCCUGAGCCAGCUCUAGGUAUAAACUUUGCUAGAGAUGGAAUGCAAGACAAGGAUUGGUUAUCACUCGUUGCGGUUCACAGUGAUUCAUGGUUGCUUGCUGUUGCAUUCUACUUUGGUGCACGCUUUGGGUUUGGUAAGAAUGAAAGGAAGAGACUCUUCCACUCGAUAAAUGAGCUCCCAACCAUUUUUGAAGUUGUGACUGGAAACGUCACUGGAAACGUCAAGCAACCAAAGGACCAAUCUGCUGCUAAUAACAAUAGUAGCAAAAGCAAAUCUAGCGGAAAGUCUCGACAGCCUGAGUCCCAAACUAAGCCAGUUAAGAUGUCUCCACCACAUAAGCACGAAGAUGAGAGUGGGGAGGAAGAGGAAGACGAUGAACAGGGUGCAACUUGUGGGGCGUGUGGUGAGAGUUACGGAGGUGAUGAAUUCUGGAUUUGCUGUGAUAUAUGUGAGAGAUGGUUCCAUGGAAAAUGUGUGAAGAUUACCCCUGCUAAGGCUGAGCAUAUCAAGCAGUACAAGUGCCCAGGUUGCAGUAGCAAGAGGGCUAGAGUCCAGUAAAUAGCUGAAGUUGAAGUUAGUAAAACAGUUGGACAAAGUCAAAUCUGACGAGGUCUAGGACUUCUGGUAAACAGUUUGGAAAAAAGUUUGUUUCCAUAUUAGUUAAUGAUAUUGAAGGACUCCAGAUGAGAUUAUUGACAAUUGUGGUUUUAAGUUAGUUCCUGGCAGCUUGCAGUUUUAUAUAAAUGUUUGCCCAGUUUUCUGGUUUUGUUCUUGA